AUGACCUCGGAUACAAUUCAUGAAUUGUCUCCCUUUCCAUUGGAUCAAUAAAAUCUCUCUCUCGCCAUUGCCGCGUGCAAUUUCUUUUCCUCACACACCAUCACCCCUGUACUAUGCCAGUAUACCGCUUACUAGCCGCGGGUUGCCUGUCUGCCCUACGGAGUACACCGCACUCAUGCAUCUGACUACUACUACUGCCAAUAGGCGGCCAUCCAUUACAGCAACAAAGGAAGAAGGCAUCCUCGAGUGUAAGCAGGAACAACUAACUCAUGGCGUGAUCCUGUCCACCGCCAAAUUUUCACAUAGCAGGAUACCUGCCACCCUACAUUACAUGAAGAACCUCUCCAACAACAACAACAACAAUAAUAACAACAACAACAACAACCAGCCACUACUCGGACAUAAUAAAAGCGAGAAAGAUCGACAAUGGCAAUUAUCUCCUACCCUCCUAACCAAAGUAAGUAAACAAGGCCUAAUAAGUACUAACCACCUGAUCAACACACCGGGAACCACACACACACACAUACACAUCUCUGAUACUAAACCAAGUAAGUAAGUAGCUGACGGCCCCCUUAGACCCAAAGAACCAAUCCUUCCAGCCUCCCUGCUUGCCUAAAUAGUACUUCAUAAGCGAGCGCAAACAUCGUAGGCUGCAUCUCACUCCAAGAAUACCUGCUUGUUACCUAAGUGCGAGGGUACAUGUACCCACUUGCCCUGAAAUCCCAGCCUAAACGAC